GUCAGUUGAUAUGAAUAGGAAUAGAUAGGUUUUUGGUAUUGGGAUUUGAAUGUAGGGUAAAGGAUGAGGCGAAAGGGCGUGGGAGUGAAGAGUUGGAUGGUGGUGUCGGAGACAGGGCCUGCACACCUUGAGGAUGUCGGGAAACUGUCCAUAAUGCGGCGAACAGGGUUGCCGGCGCGUGACCUUAGGGUCCUCGAUCCCAUGCUUUCUCACUCUUCUUCCAUCCUCGGACGCGAAAGAGCCAUUGUCGUUAACUUAGAACACGUCAAAGCCAUCAUCACUGCCUCUGAGGUCCUCAUCAUCAACUCCUCCAACCCUUUCUUUCAAACCUUCCUUCAAGAUCUUCACACCCGUCUCACUAAUCAAACUCCCUCCCCGAGGAGCAAUGACAUGGAUGGUAAAGAUUCGUUGCAAGGUGGUAAAGGUUCCGGAAACGGUUCACCUGUGAGAAUAUCUGAGGACUCUGUUGCAUUUCACGUAAGAGCGGAUAGCUCUAAAAUCAAUGCAGAGGUUGUAACGGGAAAACCAGCUCCUAAGCAGUUACCUUUUGAGUUCAGAGCACUUGAAACGUGUAUUGAAUCUGCUUGUAGGUGCCUUGAAUCUGAGACUUCAACAUUGGAGAAAGAGGCUUACCCAGCUUUAGAUGAGUUGACCUCUCAACUGAGCACACUCAAUCUUGAACGUGUAAGACAGAUCAAGAGUCGUUUGGUUGCACUUUCCGGUCGUGUGCAGAAGAUAGCCGAUGAAUUAGAACAUUUGUUGGACGAUGAUAAUGACAUGGCUGAAAUGUACUUGACACAAAAGCUUAAUGGUCGUUUAAUGGAGCAGGCAUCAUUUAAAGAAGGGAACAAUUACGAAUUUGAAGAGAACGAUCAAAGUGAUGAAUCAUAUUCGGAAAGGUUUGACAAAUUCCCUUAUCAUAAACUUGAUGUUGAGGAAUUGGAAAUGCUUCUAGAAGCAUAUUUUGCACAGACUAAUGGAAUCUUGCAAAGAUUGUCUAGUUUGAGUGAGUACGUGGAUGACACAGAGGACUACAUCAACAUAAUGUUGGAUGAUAAGCAAAAUCAGCUUCUGCAGGUAGGAAUAACAUUCAACACCCUAAGCAUGAUACUCAAUGCCGGUAUUGUGGUCGUAGGAUUGUUUGGCAUGAAUAUUCACAUCGAACUCUUUGAUAGUACACCUCGUCAAUUUUGGGCCACAACUUAUGGUACAUUGGGAGGAUGCAUAUUUCUUUUCCUUGUAUGUUUAUGGUGGGGGAAGAAAAGAUACUUACUCUCUCAAUAGAGAUUACUUGUAAUCACUUUACGAAUUUAUGAGUAAACUAUAUUAUAGUGAGAAA